AUGGCACCUUACGAAGCACUAUAUGGUCGUAGAUGUCGCACUCCGUUGUGUUGGACUCAGUUGGGUGAGCGGCGUGUUCUGGGUCCUAAGCUAGUAUCUAAUACCAAGAAUAAGGUCAGAUUAAUUCAAGAUAAACUGAAGGCAGCAUUAGACAGACAGAAGUCAUGUACGAAUUUGAAACGUAAGGAAAUUGAGUAUUCUGUGGGGAAUUUUGUCUUUCUAAAUGUCUCACCAUGGAAUAAGGUACUGAGAUUUGGGUGUAAAGAGCGGAUAUUGUGCCACGUUUCAAAGCUGAAACGCUAUCGCUCUGACCACGCACAUAUUGUGCCCAUUGAGAAAGUUGAAGUUAGACCGGAUCUGACUUUCGAAGAGGAGCUAGUUCAGAUUCUAAAUCGUGAGGAUAUAUGCUUUGGAGGAAGUGUACUGAAAGGCAAUAAGCCUAGUACUGGCAGCUCUGCUGGAAAUACUGCUUAG